AUGGCCGGCCGCGCUCGAGCUACUGGGAUUCGGGGGAACAGCGGCGACGGUCCAAAGAAGCGGCAGCGAGAAGAGAUGUCGCUCAACCGGUAUGCUGCCAUGCAGGCAUACCUUUUGAUGGGCGUAACCGGCUUAGGCUACCUGGCGCUUCUGUGGUCGACGGUAGUCCUCCUCGGUGGCUUCGUCACCGCGCUGGGGAAGAAGGAUUUUUGGUGCCUAACAGCUAUUAGCAUGAUACAGGCAGCCAGGUUCUUUAACGACUGGGAAGAAAAGGUGAUGUUAAAUUUCUUUAUGCAAGUGAUGCCAAUUAUUGAGGAAAUUAUGGUCAAUGUCAUCCCAUGGAUUAUUGUUCUUUUUCCAUUGGUGUAUUUGCUGAUGUUGAUGCUCCUAGCCAUGGAGAUAAUCUACCUGUUUGGGUCUUUCAUCUGUGUCGGGGUCUCUUUGUGGCGCAUAAUACAGCGUGAUUAUGGCAACAUGGACGGGGACAGCACCAAUGCAAACCUGAUGCCAGCUAUGGACAUAUUCUACUCUCUAGUUCUCUGCCAAGGUGCACUCUUCACUUUAUGGUUAACAUCUAACAUUGUGGUUUCACCCUUUAUCACUUCACUCCAAGGAGUAUGGGAGUUCCCAGAGAAGUGGGGUAGAAGAUCAGUUUUAAACUACCUCUUUGACACCCGGUCGAAAUGCUGGCGGGACCCUAAAUCCAUCAAGGAUAGAGGAUUGCUCAAGUACGCGGUCGAUUUGCUGGACUCUGAAUCAUCGCAAGACUACCUCUCCGGAACAAGGAUGCUGGAUGUGUUCAUCAAGCACGAAGAGGAUGUAAGGCCACUUAUACUCCCCUCAAGCCAAAAAGUUCAGAAGAUGAUAGAUAUACUGAGGUGGAGAAGCAGCGACAGAGAGAUGCAAGAGCUAGUGGCCAGGAUAUUGGCGCAUCUUGCCUGUGACAUCGAUCUAACCCAGUUUCCUGGGGCAAUACGGUGCAUAUCCUCCCUACUCGGUACCACCUUGCCAUAUUGGAACAACCAACAAGCAUCCAGUAAUGAAUCACCUAAAGGUAAAAUGGAACAGCAAGGUGCAGGGGAGAGCCCCAUCGAUAACAGUGAAGUAGAUCGCUGGAAUGAGUUGAUUCUGCAAGGUCUGGCAAUUCUCGAGAGGCUGGCGUCUGACUGUCACGCCCCGAUCUGGAUCGAGGAGACCAGAGUAGCCAGAUGA